AUGCUCUCAAGGAUGUCGCUGCUUCCAGCAGGCAUUGCUCCCCGACCUUCAGGAAGAGCACCACCGUCAAGACCAAGUAACCUCCCAACCCGUCCUGCAGCAAGAUCCUGUGACUGCGACCACAAAGGUUGUCAUAUCCCUGCGGCAGAAUCCGUCACUAAGCCUCAGUUUGCCCAACUCACCAAGGACUUGGAUGAGAUGGAAACGGAUAACAUCCAUCUUCAACUAGUCAGGGCUUUCUUACACUUCCAGCAACUUUCUCACGUUGUCUGUUAUCAGGAAACUCAGACCCUUAUCAGGGAAAGGUUUGACCUCCAAGUCAAACUCAAGGAUACAGCAACAAGUUUGAAGAAAAUGAUGGACAAGAAGGAUGAAGUGACUAGGCAGCUUUCAGGCUCCCUUUUUAUUCAAGAAAAGCUCCUGACGGAAGGAGCGGGCCUCAAAACUAGGCUGGAAGAUGCAAUUACUGAGCACCAAAGCAUGCUGGAGAAUAUGGAAAUCUUCAAGCAGAACGAGUUGGAAUGUUGUUUGUGCUUUGAAACCCUGAUCGUGCCUAUGAUAAAUCGCAUUCACACUCCUCCCAUCCUUAGCGGUUUCCUUUGGAAAGUCAUCAAUGUGUUCCAUGCCGUCGAUGGCAUGAUUGGCCCUGACACCCAUUUAAGUGCCUCGGGCCGAGGUGCCAUCUACCUCAUCUUCAAUGAAGUGGCAACCAAUGAACCCCGAACAUACAGAGGUGUCUGA